GCGGCCGAGCCACCAUGUUUCAGUUCCUGAAAAACAUCCACAGGAACAUGCUAAAAUGACCAUCUCAAAGGUUGGCUUUGCACUUGGCAAUGUAGUUGGGAUGUAUCUGGCCCAGAACUAUGACGUUCCAAACAUCGCGAAGAAGCUUGAAGACAUCAAACGAGAUGUGGAAGCAAGGAAGAAGCCUCCAAGUGACAAAUGAUGAUGGCUUGGCCUUCUCUGUGUAUGUGUAGAUUAUGUAGUUUUGCCAAUGGGUUGAAAUCUUAAUGUGGCUUUGGAGAAUGGCCGAGACUUGGAGAAUCUGCCUGCUGAAGUCACCACAUUGCCAUGGGACCUUCUAGCAGUUUCUGGAUGGUUUGACUUCUUUUACCCCAUGUAUGAUGGGGAAAAGAAAUCCCACAGGGAAUUUAAAUUAUUGUUGUGCGAAUGGUGCUGUUUUACAAUAAGUAUUAAUGUGGUUUGGCUAUAGGGAAAAGAAAUUCCUAUAAUUAUUCCAGCUUGCCAACCAUUAAAAGUAUGGACUGUUACAGACUCAUGAAAGAAAUUCAAACAAAUACAUUGGGAAAACUUGUCCAUGGAUUAAUUUUUUUCUUGAUAUAUUCUGUAGUACAAUUUUAAAGUUCUUUUGGACAUCCUAUUUGUAAUGUAUCAGAUCACUGAAGAUAAAUCCUCAAUUUUGUUCUCCAAGUGAA